AUGAACUUCGGAUUUGCCGACUCGACAAACCAAACUUCAAUCAUUUUUCAUGAUGAAGUAGGAACCACCAGCUCGUUUUCUCUCAAUGAAACGGAGUUUGAGAAAAUCCGUGAUUUGAAUUAUAUUGAAUUCUACGUGGCACUUCGAGAGCUCUAUCUAACCGACGGAUUCGCCCUAUCAAACAAACUCAACUCUGUUAUUCUUGGGCAAAAAGUCAUCCCGGAUUUGAUCUACCAACUAGCUAUACGAGCCCUUGAACUGACAAGAUUCGAAAUGAAACAAGGAGAUGCUUCAUUGAAAAGAAUCAAGGGAAUGAUCAAAGUGAAUGAGCCGGAUGCAUUGAUCCAUCAGCCAUGGUUGAUUGAUCUUGCUGAUGAAAUCCUUCGGAAUUCGUUCAAUUCAAGAGACGUUGCAUAUUCGAUUCGAGAUCUUGGAGUUGAGUUAUCAAAACCAAACUUCACGAGAACUGACUACACAAAUGGAACAUAUCUUCGACAAAAAAUCAAUAACUGGACAGCUGUGCAGGGGUUUAAUGAGACAAACUUCACGGAGUCUUUUCUCAUGAUUCAUCAUACAAUUGGACCAGAGAAUUUCGGAGUUCUCGCUGAUAUUCUGGAGGCGAUGCCGUGGCAAGUACUUAAGAUGCAAUAUGAAGGGAUGUACCUUGGAGAUGCUGAACUGUUGAGACUUUACAAGUCAAGACUGAACUCUGCAAUUGCUGAUGCUGAUAUAACUUCGACAAUGCUGAAACAAGAUUUGGCAGCACUCGUUGAAGUUUUGAAUUCAACUAAUUCUCUCAUCGGGCAGCUAGCAGACGCUGAUAUUAUCCCAGAUCCGCAUGUUUUCUCAGAUAUUCAACAAGGAAUCAUUCAAUUGGAUGGAGAACCCGAACAGAACAGAAAUCAAAGAGCAAAGGAAACAAUGGAGAACAUCUGGGCAUCAAUUUCCAACCAAGAGGCCAAAAAUAGAUUUAUUUCUGCGAGAAACAACGCAAUGAACAGAGGAAUCGGAGGACUGGAAGGAGUGAAACUGGCAAUGACAGCUGGUGCAAGACUUAUCAAGAACCUCGGUGGAUCUGUCGACAAUGCGAAUAGGAAGUGUCAGGAAUUGGUGAAAUUGUCUAGAUUUGAUAGCAUGGCUCAGCAAAAAAUCUUGAAUGCAGUUCAGAUUUUACUGAAAUUGAAUGGAACGGAUGGACAGAACACUGGAUAUCAACUACUGUUUGAUUUGUACUUUGAUAAGAAGGCUCCAAGAAAUCAGUUCUUGUUCUCAUCAUCCAGAUACCAGUCGCGGGAAACAAUGAUCGCUUUCUUCGGAGAUGUGAAUCUCGAUGUGCAGUCUGGAUUCCCUGAUUUGAUUAAAGCACUGGCAAAGGAGAAACCAAGAUACGAAAAGUUUCAUAACUUUGUUGAUAGUCUUCAAGGUGACAACAACAUCAUAAGAAGCAUCCGGAGAGCCUACGGCAUCAACGUUCCAAGUAUGGAAUUCGCUUUGAAAAUCCGAACUGCACUUCAAAGUAUUCGGAAUAUCACUUCAACUCAAGUCGAACUAGUGGAAACGCUGCGAUCGAUUCGGGAAAUCUACCGAACAGAUUACUCUGGUGAAUACUUCACUUCACUGGCUUCGAUUGCUAAACUCUCAAGAGAUGAAAUCUGGUUGGAUGUGUAUGAUUCAUUGGAGAACAUCUAUACACUGACAGUUGGUCCCGUUGAAAGAGCCGAAGAAAGAGUUGCUCCAUUCCGUGGAUUGAAGGAAAUGAUCGGAAAGAAUGGAAGUUAUUUGGAAGUGUUCCUCGCAAUGCAAUCUAUUCUCGAAAGCCCAUGGACAUCUUCUCAAAAAUGCGAAUUCAUCAAAGAAUACUACUCUGGAUUGGAAGAUGUGACACCGGUGGUUGAAGCGUUUGGAAUCAAAACGGAUGAUAUCAGAAGAUACAACGAAGGAUCUACAUACAUCGAUGCCUUGAUUCAACUGUUGAGAGCUUCUGGAUCCCUUCAGAACUUGGGACGUCUUCUCGCUUUUCAUAAGAUUCAAACUACUGAUAAGGAUCCAAAUAAUUCGAUUCGAAUGAUCGCCGAUUUGUUGAUUCACUUUGGAAAAAAUCCAAGGCAAUGA